GUGAAACUCCAUCAACAAACUCCUCCCAAAUCCUCUUAUUUAAUUCCCAUCCCAACAUGUUGUGCUUCACAUUACCAGGCUCAGUUUCACAAUGAAUACUUCAGCUCUCUCACUGGUGUUCUUCAUCUUCUUUGGAGUGACUGCUGAGCUUUGUGGAGGACUGAUAGGAGGACCAACAGAUCGUUGUUUAUGCCAAAAAACAAACUUACAAAAAAGAGUAAAUCCUGCAUUUGUGCAGACGAUUAACAUUUUCCCUCCCAGUGCCUCCUGUUUCUACACGGACGUAAUAAUCACUCUGAAAUCAGGACGAAAAUUCUGUCUGGAUCCCAAUGGAAAACAAGGCAUGGGGAUUUUGAGUGGACAGAGGCUUAAGGAAAAAUCCAAGGCACAAAAAGGAAAAAACAAGAAGAAGAACAAGAAGAAAAAUUAAAAUGCAGAGCUAAUCGCUGCUAAUCGCAAGCAGUCUAUAACUGCUUUAUUACAAUUAGCAAGAAGAACAUGUAACAAUUCAGUAUAUCGCUCAUUCAUUCAUUCAUUCAUUCAAUCAUUAGCACUGUGUUUUUCUAGAAAGAGAAAAUAAAUUUGGUUUUAGCAAAGUGCAAAUAAAAUGUCUGUCUUCCAAUCUACCUGUCAAGGGUAGUUUAUUUGACACGAGAUAUGAUUUACUAUCAUGAGUGGACAAAUGACAAA